AUGAACGAUCGCCUGGGUUUCGUCUUCUACCUGUCGACAUGGAAGAGCCUAGCCCUAGAAACGCUGAGCCAGAUAUUUGGAUCAGGCACCUCGUCCGAAACGCAAGUUCAAGUAGUAGCAUGUCUCCGUUGGUUGUGCGAGUUCAAUAUCCUUCCGUGCAUCCCCAAACAUCAGUCUGUUUCUUACGAAGAUCUAUCGCAACUUGCUCUGGUGCCAGAAGGGCAUCUACGCAGAAUAUGCCGCAUGCUCAUUGCAGCAGAAUUCCUAGAAGAGGUUGCAUCCACUCACGUUGGCCAUACCGCCCUGUCGUAUGCAUUCGUCAACAAUUUCGCACUAUCCGACGGCCUCGCAUUUUUGACUGAAACCAUCCUACCUGCCUCGUUAAAGAUGGUGGAAGCUAGCAAAUCAUUUCAGAAGACGUACCAGUCUCCGUACAGUGCUGCAUUUGGUGUGUCAACGUCGUUCACCGAUCAGGCUUUGCAACACAGUCGACUAUCGCGCCAAUUCGAUCACUUCAUAAGAUGUAUCGCAAGCGACACAGGUGAUGAGCUGCUUGAUAUUCUGAGUCAGAUGAGUAUAAACGGGGGCAAAGAAGCUUUGGUUGUGGACGUCGAGUGUACCUCCCUCACUAUCGUUCAAACUCUUGCUGCUCUGCAUCCGCGACUGUCCUUCGUAGCUCAAUUCGUCAAAGAACUUCCGUUGACAGACGGCAAAGAAAUGCCAGAAUCAGUGCCUUCACGCAUCCAAUGCUGCCGCCGAUCCAAUCCGGAAAUACAGCCUAUCCGUAACGCAUCCAUCUACGUUUUGUUUCUGCAAUCCAUGGACACAAAUGAAGCUGCCGUUGGGCGUCAAGUAAUCAACUGCCUUCAAGCGCAUGCCGACAUUCUGCGUUGCAACUGCGAUGCGAAGCUGGUGAUCAUAGCAGCCACGACUCCCACGGCUGAGGUGGACUGGCAUAAGCAUGUGGCCCACAUGUGUCGUUUUCAAUUGUCGCAUGGCGCACCGCUGGACAGCCUUGAGCUGUGUAGUGUACUAGACGAAGCGUUGCGAAGUGUCCCAGAAUUGUCUUUGGCAGGCAGGACCAUGUCAGCGAAUGGCGACUUUUCCAAAUAUGAGAUAGUUUCUCACAGUCUUGCAUAA